UGCAUAUUAUACCUAUAUAAUAUUAAUACAGGGUACACUAUCGAUUGUUUAUAAUCCAUCGCCAUGCGUAAGAUUAGCAAGUAGCAACAUUGGCAGUGAUAAGGCAGCACCCGAAAUAGCUAAUCGUGUUUUACUUAAAUCUGCACAAAAAUUUCAUAUAUAUGUAAGUUGAAAUUGAAUUUCGAAUACGUAUAAUUUUAUAACUGUGCCUAUCUAUCGGUAAAAAAAACAGUGCGUCAAAUUAUAUCAUUCGUACCCACUUAAUUAUAAUAUGUCCCUUAGUUGAACAACCUUGUAACAGAUAAUUUUGAUUUAUAACUUGUAAGACGUUUGUUGCAAUAUCAAUUGUGGUGAAAAUGUGGACGGUUAUAGUUUGGCCUUUGCUAAUAAGUGCAGUAUUCACCGACGAUGUAUAUGAAAAGAAUAUUAAAGAAAGAAACCAUCUCUUACGAAAAGAACUCGACAUGAUGCUUGGCAGUGACAUAGUGUUAAGUGACAGUGAAGAACAAGCUAAUAAAAUCAUUAUGAAGUUAAAAAAUAAUGAAUUGGAUUACGGUUUCAACAAUCCCCAGUAUUUUAACUAUUCCAAACACUUCUUUGAAUACAAGGAUGAUAUUAAGAAGUCGGAACUGUUCAAGUUAAUUAAAAAUAUGCCCAAGGGAGCUGUUCUCCAUGCUCAUGACACGGGAAUGUUAAGUCCAGAUUAUGUUCUGGCAUUAACUUAUUGGGAUGAUCUAUUUGUAUGUUUCGAAGAAGAAAAUAUACAUUUUUUAUUUUCUCUAAAACCUCCGAAGUCUCCGUGCAAAACUGCAUGGCAGCUAAUGAAACAUGCGAGAUAUUCGUCGGGUAAUAUUGAAAAGUUUGAUGCAGAAUUGAGAGAACAUUUUACUCUUGUUACCAAGAAUCCGAACCAGGUAUAUACAGAUAUAAAUGUAGUGUGGUCGAAGUUUCAACAGUAUUUUAUUACCACAUCUUCUCUCUUUUGCUAUAAACCAAUCUGGGAAAAAUAUUUUUAUGAUACCCUUAAAGCUCUACGUGAUGACAAUGUUAUGUACUUAGAACUCAGAAGCGUAUUACCCACACUUUAUGAUUUAGAUGGAAAUAAAUAUGAUGCUAUAGACACCGCUGCGUCAUAUAAAAAUGUCCUGGAUACAUUUUUGGAUGCUUAUCCCGAUUUUUAUGGAGCUAAACUAAUAUACGCUCCAUUGAGGUUCGUUGACAAUAAAACUGUUAAGGAAUAUUUGAAAAUUGCUAAGGAAUUAAAAAAGAAAUUCCCCGAUUUCCUCGCUGGAUUCGAUUUAGUAGGUCAAGAAGACUUGGGUGUACCCACUAAAGAGUUUCUCCAAGUUCUAUCUGAAGCAAGUGACGAAUUUGAAUAUUUUUUCCACGCUGGUGAAACGAAUUGGUACGGAACUAGUUCUGAUGAAAACUUGGUAGAUGCGAUCGUUCUUAAAGCACGUCGAAUCGGGCACGCUUUUGCCAUUGUGAAGCAUCCCUUAUUGAUGGAGGAAGCUAAAGAAAGGGAUAUAGCGAUUGAAGUAAACGUAGUAUCGAAUACCGUUCUGAAAUUGGUAGAAGAUAUAAGAAACCAUCCGCUAGCCGUGUUUUUAUCAAAGGAUCUACCAGUUGUAAUAUCAAGUGACGAUCCAGGAUUAUGGGAGGCAGAACCAUUGUCUCAUGAUUAUUAUAUUACGUUCGUUGGUGUUGCCAGUCGACACGCUGAUAUAAAACUACUCAAGAAAUUAGCUCUUAACGCAUUAUAUUACAGCACAUAUCCGCAUAAAGAUAAAUUGAUUCAUGAAUUUGAAAUUCGUUGGACGAAAUUUAUAGAUGCAAUUGUCAAAGAUCAUUGGUAAAUGACAAUAGAACGGUUUCGGUUAAUUUAUUUUUAAGAAAUCUCAUGUAUUCGAUUGAAAAUAAAAUUUCACAGAAUAUAUCUAUUAUUUAUCGUCGAUUAGAUAAAAGUGAGUGAAUUCAAUGAUUCUGUAUAGAUAUAUAUUGUGAAAUCUAUAGAAUUUGUGCUUAAAAGAUAUUAUAAGUAUGAUAAUACUUUUUCAAUAGGUUUUUGCUAUGA